AACAGAAAACUAAAUUCAACAAAUGACUAGUUUUCACACACAAAUAUCUAACUAUCCCUUCACUAUAAUUUCACAGUACCUUUUCUCUUUUCUUUUCUUUUUUUCUUUUUUACAUAAUCAACAUGAUUAUACAGACACACCCACACACCCACACACACACACACUAAGGAAUUCACUAAACUUCAUGUUGUUUCAAUAGUUUCAAAUUAAAGUUUCAACAUUCAUUGAAGAAUAAUUCACUUGAUAUUGUUUUACUUGAAUCUUCCCAUUGAUGUUUUUUAGGACUGAAAUUGAUCAAUCUCUUAUUGGCAUAUGUGCAUACUGUGCGUAUUGCCUCGAUAUUGCCUUAAUUUACAAGCAUUAUUAUUGGCAAAGAUGGAUAGUGGCUAGCAGUGAAGAAUAUUCAACAUGACAUACUGUUAUAUUCAAUGGAACAUUUCGAUUUCAUAUAAUAAUGAAAAGAAAGAAAGAAGAAGAAGUUAAAAUAGUAUCCAACGUACAAAUUUUAUUGAUUCAUCUUUUGUAUGUACGUGCAUGCGUGUGCGCGUGUGUGUGUAUGUGAGAAUUAAAGGUAUGUGUGCGUACAUGCAAGUAUUAAUUUUCUUGAAUAUUAAAUUUUAGCGGGAGAUAUGCGUAGGUGGUAACUAUUACUUUUCAUUUAAUUGGUUUCUAUCUAUAUCCUUUUUCAUUAUGGAUAAUCUUUAUAAAUACUUGAAUAUAUAUAUAUAUAUAUAUAUAUUCGAUUCAUCUUCAAAGUUUCACAGUCCAUUUAAGCACAGUUACAACAACAACAACAACAGAAUGACAACUGAUUUACCUGAAGUAACUGGUAGUCCAAUAUGGUUACGUAAAAUGCGUACAUUAUUUCGACGUCUUGAUUCAUGUGGACAUGGUUAUUUAAUGAUUGAUGAUUUAUUAGAUAUUGGUACAACAAUUUUUAAUAUUUAUCCUAAAAUGUUAUCAUAUAAAUAUGAUGAAUUAGUUAAAACAUUAGUUUAUUUAUGGUAUCAAGUUUUAUGUACUCAUGUAUCUAGGCAAUUAGCAACUACAAUUAAUAUUAAUGAAAAUACAUUUAUUGAUAAUUUAUUAAAAGCAUUUCAUAAUGAUUUUUAUCAAUAUUUUAAUGAAAAAUUUAUUAUACCAUUAUUUGUUGCUAUGGAUCAAGAUGAUGAUAAUUAUAUAACAAGUACAGAAUUUCAAACAUUAAUGAUUGCAUGGAAAUCAAUACCAAAAGAUUGUGAAUUUAUAUUUCGUUACUAUAGUGAUAAAAAUAAUAAAUUAAAUAAAGAAAAUUUUCAAAAAAUUUUUAUUGAUUAUUUUAUGUCAGAUAAUAUAAAUAGUAAUAUAAUAAAAUUAUGGGGACCAUUAAUUAAUUAUAAACGUGCUGAAGAUUAUGGUACUAUAGAUUGUGGUCCUGUAUGGGAAGGUAAAAUACGUACAAUGUAUAGACGUUUAGAUAUAAAUGAAACAAUGAAAUUAAAAUGUCAUGAUUUAUUACAAAUUGGACAAUUUUUAAUACAACGUGCACAUUUAGAUAGACGACGUGCUGAUGCUGUAAUGCGGGCUAUGUUAAAUAUAUGGGUGAAAUUUUUGGCUAUAGAUAAAAAUGGGGAACAUUUAGAUGAAAUUCGUGAAAUUGAAUUUGUACACAAUAUGAGAGAAAUGAUCAAUGGUGAAUAUCGUCAUGAAAUUGAUCAAUUCGGAUGGACAUUUUUUAAAGCUAUAGAAAUUGAUAAUAGCGGUUUUAUAUCACAAGCAUCGUAUCGUAUAUUACAAGAAGCAUGGCAUGUUGGACGAGAUGAAGCUGAAGGAAUGUUUAAAAUAUUGGAUAGUGAUAAAGAUGGUAAAAUUAGUAGUGAUGAAUUUCUUACAGCAUGGAAUGAAUUUUUUCUUAGUGAAGAUCCACAUAGUCCAUAUAGAAUGUUUUUUGGUCCAGUUAUAUCACGUCCUACAGAAGCUAGAUAAACAACCAAUCAAUCAAUCAAUUAAUCAACUUAAUCAAUAAUCAAUAUUAUCAUAUAAAAUAUUAUAGAAUGAUUUAUUCGAUUACAUAAUUAUAUUCUCUCAAAUAUUGAUUGCUUUGUUGUUUGUUUGUUUUUUCUUUUUUCUUUUUCUUUUCUUUCAACUAUCUAUAAAUCAAUAAUAGUUGUUUUAAUAUAUAUAUAUAUAUACGUAGGGAGAGACAGAGAGAGGGAUGGAGAGAGAGAGAGCAGAGCUCAUUUAUUAUUCUUGAUCACUAUCUUCAAUGGUUACAGUACACAUUCAUUUGGAAUAAUGGAAUAGAUUAAGACAAGCAAUUAUAAACGAUAUUGCCUAGUAACAAGUUCAUCAUCUUUCUAUAUAUUCAAUGGAUUAUCUUUUUUUUUGUUUUAAAAAAAAUGUAGCGUAUAAAUUUGAAUUCAGAAUAUUUCCCUCUCUUUUUUUUCCAUGUUUGUUUUAAUUCAUUCUAUUAAAAGCUUAUUUAUUGAAUAAUGAUAUAUAUAUUUUAAAGAGAAAAUUCAAAAAAACAAACAAAUAAUUAAUUAGUAAUUUGAUGCAUGCAUUCAUUCUAUGAGUAAUGAAGUAAAACAAUUAAAUGAUUAAACUAUAAUUAUAUAUAAAUAUAUUUAUUUUAAAAAGUAAA